CAGUGUAAAAAAAAACCUAAUGAACGUAAACAAAUCUAAGAGAAGCAAAAAUUCAAGUUUGCUAAAAAAGGAUUUUAGAAAAAAUGAAAAACGCGUCGUGUCUUAAAACGACGAAAAAUGAAUCGCCAAAGACCCCAGGUGGCAUUAGUAAGUCAUUGUUGACGCCCUGUCGUCGUGUAGGACUCUCACGUAACUGGAAGAAGGCAGGGCCUUCACCAUUUGUGUCUCCACUCUCUGGUGGUAAUACACGCCAAGAAGAGGCCAGAGUUGAAAAAAAGGAGACUAGGAAACGGAAAACGCGCGAGGAAACUGAGGAGGCAAUACAGUUCACUACUGAAGCCCUCGGUACUAGAAAUAGUGUUUUAACUGAUGGAGGAGAUGAUGAAAUAGUGCAAUCGCGUGAUACAGAGGACUUAUCCAGCACGCCGACUCGUCAUAUCGAAGUACCACGUAAGAAAAAGUCUAAAACCCUGAUAUCGGCUCUCAGCAAUAAUAUUGAUAGUCAAAAAAUAGAACCUUCUGAUGUAAAGGAACCAACAAAAACUAUUUCUGCUGAAAUUAAAAGCAAAGAAACCCUUGAUGUGCAGGAAACAACACCAAGUGUUUCAGUAUUGGCUCAGAAAUCUAAAAGUAGUAAAGCAAAGAAAAUAAUUUCACCAAAAACUAUAGAAGUUAGUAAACAUAUCUCUCAAGAUAAGAUAUGUGACGAAAUUGAAUUAAAAGAAAACAUAAAUGAUAGUAAAGACCACGAAAAUGUUAAAGUUUUAAAAGGUACAGAGAAUGUUAAACCUACAAGCCCGAAGGAAUUGACAAAAGAAUGUAUAGUUGUAAUACAGAAGAAAAUAUUCAAAACAGAUAAGAAAGAUUCCAAAAAGGAAGAGAAAGAUGGUUUAAAUAAAAUAUCUCAAGAUUUCUUAGAUUCAGACUCUGAUGAUGUGCCUUUAGGGCAACUAAACAAACAGAAAAUGGAAAAUCGAAAGGUUUGCACAGAAAAGAACUUUGAUCCAGAACCAGAAAUCAUAAAUUUGGAUGAUGAUGAUGAUUUUGCAGAUAAUAAAAAAGUUAAAGUGAAAAAAGUAGAUAGGGCAACAUCAAUAGGUGGUUUGAAGAAAAAACCAGUGAAGAACAGUAAAUUAAAAACACAUAAACCUGUAGUUAUUCCAGCAACCAAUCAGAGCAUAGAUUUGGAUGAUGAUGAUGAUUUUGACUUGGACAAUAAAAAGACAAUUCUUAUUAGGAAAACUUAUGAAAAAGUUAUUAAACCGCAAAGAGCAAAAUCAACCGGGUCUAUUACGCAGAAAGAUAUUGAUGAGUUGAAGGCUAAAAUUGAAGUUAAGAAAAAUCUUCUUUUGGCUAAAGCAAUGACAGAAGACACAGAAGAACUUAGAUGUUUGAUUAAAAAGUGGCAGAAAGGGUGCCAAGAUGCGUUAAUAGAGCUAAUGGAAUUGAUGAGAAAUAAGUUUCCAGACAAAAGGGACAUGGACUACUCAGAAAUGCUGUCCAUGUUAAGAAUUCCGGCAAACCUUGUUGGUUAUGAUGAUGAGAAUGACUCCUUUAACACUCCGGAAGAUUCUAACAUUGUUUUAUCCAAAUUCAAUGAUUUGUAAUUGUUAAGGUUCACUUGAUUAUUAUUAAACGAUAGCUUAUUCAUUAUUUUAAUA